UCAACAGUAGUUAGGAAGAAUGACCACUCCAAGUAAGACACCCCCUGGAGAUGACCCAAAGCAGCUGGAACGAACUGGUACAGUGCGAGAGAUUGGUUCACAGGCUGUCUGGUCCUUGUCUUCGUGUAAACCAGGAUUUGGUGUGGAUCAGUUACGUGAUGAUAACCUGGAAACAUACUGGCAGUCAGAUGGAUCUCAGCCUCAUCUUGUAAACAUUCAAUUCAGACGAAAAACAACUGUGAAAACCUUGUGUAUUUAUGCUGACUACAAAUCUGAUGAAAGCUAUACACCAAGCAAGGUCUCCGUCAGAGUGGGAAACAACUUUCAUGAUCUUAAAGAAAUGCGGCAAUUGGAACUAGUGGAGCCCAGCGGCUGGAUUCAUGUUCCACUCACUGAUAUCAACAAGAAGCCAAUCCGUACGUUUAUGAUACAGAUUGCUGUACUAGCCAAUCAUCAGAAUGGAAGAGACACACACAUGAGGCAGAUUAAAGUCUACACGCCAGUGGAAGAAAGUUCAAUUGGUAAAUUUCCUAGAUGUACCACUAUAGACUUCAUGAUGUAUCGCUGCAUCAGAUGAUUGAACAUUAAAUCAAAUGUUUUGUGUACAUUCUUUGAUGAUUACAUCAGUAGUCACUUUUUCUUAAUCAGCAAUGGUCUUUUUUUAUCAUGAAAAUGUUCUAUAUUGAAUGGAUGCAAAAUAAAAAUAAUUUAUCAAA